GGCAACUAAUCUAAAUAUAACAUGGGAAUUUCCAUUUUCAGUUUCUGAACGCGACGACGAUUGGGAGAGGAUGGAUACAUCUGACCUUGAAAAAGAUGCUGCACCAGUAGAUAACAGGUCAACUAACGGGAGUGGAUCAAGACCCCGUGGUAAACCACUGACCAGAAACAGAAUCAGCAAUAGUGAACUGCUGAGAAGUGAUCCACAGUACCCCAGGAAUGCUGCACAUGACCCACUGGAGCCUAUGGAUCUAGUUCACAUUGUCUUCGUGAGUGCAAAGGAGGAUUACGAACAAUUUCAGAAGUUCCUGCAGUGGUUUGAACAAAUUAAAUAUACCAUUGAGAAUGGACGUACAAUAAAAAUUGAGACACAUGAUAGUGAGGAGUUUCCACCAGCACAUGAUGAUAACAUCCAUGAUAUCUGUGAAAGAGCCAUGUUUAUUCUGCCUUUCCUUUCCAAGCAUUACUGUUCUGAUCAAAAGCUUCGAUUCUUCACAAGUGAGGGUAUAGGCAAAACAAGGCUGGAUCCAGUUCCAACAAUUGGAAAAUGCUCCAAGGUAAUGCAAAAGCAGAAAAAAUAUUGUAUAAGGCCUAUUCAAACAGCAGACCCAAAGAGUGGAGAAUACCGAGUCCCAACAGGGCUUACUACGAUUCGAGGGAUAGAUUAUUAUUCCAAAGAUCAACAUCCAGGUUAUGUCAAGAAGCAAGUCACUGGAAUAAUAGAAGAAGCUUUAAGAAAGUUUCAGGAGAGAGACGGAGUCAUGAUUGGAGCACUUACUGGAGCAGAUGACAUCCUGGAGGAUUUAACUCGUAAAUUUGAGCGCAUGAACGGACCUCCACCAACAUUUGAUGCCAACAAUUGUCACAACCUUGCUGACGUCAGGCCAAAUUCUGAGGGUUUGCAAAAUAAGGAUUCUGUCCAACAAGUGGAGGAAAUAACGGUUGGUGAAAGUUUGUCUGGAAUGGAUGAAAAAGCCAAUAUGCAAAGAACAGACGGUGGUGGAAUUUUGACUACCGGUACAACAGAGGGAUGUGGUGUGGAGGAAACUCAUCAGAAUAUGGACACUGAUUUUGUACAGAUGAAUGAAGGACAUUCAACAGGCACUCAAAGGAACACAACUUGUGAAGGUGAAGUUUUGGCUCAACCUAGUGAAGGAGCUACAGCAUUAGAUGAAGAUAGAGAACAUGACAUUACUGAAAAUGAUAUGUCAUUGGAAGUUGAUCAUGGGUCAUUAAACGGUAGUGCAACCAACAUAGGAAAAUAUGAAAGAAAUCAGGAUCACCAGGAAAUGAAAACUGUGUCUCCUACUCCCAUCAAAAGUAACUCUGAUUCAGGGGCCCCAAAGAAUCCAGAUGAUUUAGUCAUAACAAACUAUGCAUCUUACUCAGGACCAGCUGUGCCAAAUGUUGCCAAGGCCGCUGCUGCUGAAGGUCACUCUGCAGAGAAGUCACGAGUUAAACAAAAAAAGUCCAAUGACACUGUCAUUGUCAUACACAACUGUAAUGUGGUACAAAUCGGUGAAAACUCGGCCAUUCGUGCAACAAAAAUCAAAGGAAAUAGAAAAGCAGAUCUGGAAGAGAAUCCCAGGAGAGAGAGCAAUUGGAAUGAUCUCAGUACUUCAAAUUCGACCAAUUUAAAAGAAGAGGAGAUCCGGAAUACGAGAACUGAGAGCUCGGAUAGUGACAAUGAAGAUCCAAUCCAGGACAACAUUCCCAGUGACUAUAGUAGACCAAGCCCAUGUGCCAACCCAGUCCAGCCAAUACCAGUUUCAGGCUUUAGAAAUCCAGAAGAUUAUUCUACAAGUUUGAGUAGUGGUCUAGGGGAGUCUAAUCAUGAUGUGGAUUCCUACUUAGACAACCAGCUGAAUGACUUCUCACUUGAAUCUCUUACUCCAUACAGUGAAAGUACAUGCACUGGGGACCAGGGCAUUGAGGAACAGAGACGUCUCUCCAGCUCUCAUGAACCUGUAUUCAGACUCUGCAAGAACACCCUGAAGAGGCACAGCAGUGUCGACAGCGGAUACCACUCUCAUUUCAGCCAUGUUUACAAGAAUUCUCAGAUCCCCACUGGAGUUGGUGUAAACACUGAUGAUGAUAUUGAUUGAUUUAUGGGCAAUAGAGACACUUAAGAAUAUCUAUGUGAUUGUGUACGGUUAUAACAAAGGAAGGUCAGCAUUGGAAUCCAGUUCUAAACAGAAAUAUUCAAUAGUGCAUUUCUGCCUUCUCCCUUGCCAACUAUCAAGUAUUAAAAGUCCAUGAUUAGUUGAAGAUUCUUAAAUAAGGGGACACAAGAUGACUGGCAUUGGGGAUGUCUGACCUUGUUUAAUGCAACAAAAAUUAAACCAUGCAAUUUCACCAUGUUGACUGUGACAACUUCAUAGAAUUAAAAAGAAAAAACAAUAACUCUCACAACAAGUCUCUGAAAUUAGGGGAGUGCCAGAAAAUAAAUUAAUGGGAAAACAAAACCGGUGAAAAACAAAGCAGAAAUCAGGACAGACAUGCACAUAUUUCAAUAGCAGAUCAAUCUUAAAACAUGUACUUCUAAUUACAUUGUUGAAUUGAGUUCAAUUAUGGAUAUCUCAAAGAAAAGGCUUUUCACUGAAAGACUAGCUGUUCUGUUUGGUUAAAAUGUGAUAGGUGAUAACUGGGGGCAAUUUAAGAGUUUAUAUUCACUUUGUAAACCAAAUACAUAGAAAAAUAGCAGUGCAGGACAUAGUAAUGAAGAGUUUUGUUGAUAAGCCUUUGAAGAGGAGGGGGCAUUUAUAAUUUUAGAUUCACAUAUCACUUGUUUCUCUCCCCUCUACAUCUAGCAGUUGCUAACACACAUCGUGGAGUACAUGUGUACCAGCAGAUCAGCAAUUGCAGUUCAUGCAUAACUCCAUGAUCACUGAGAAAUGUCAUGAUGAACAUCAGUGAUGCUCCAUUUUGUUCUUAGUUAGCAUGAGUAGAAGUGACCUUAAAGCAACAUAUAGGGCAUUGAAACGGGGCAUAUACAUUAUUUGAAAAUAAUAUUUUACAGUUGUGCUACCCUAUUAUGGAAUAUGACUUGUAGAUCAUACAAGAGAAAACAAUAUACAUUAUAUACCAAAAGAAGUUCUACAUAGUAAAUCUUCUGUCAACAGGUGCUAAUAUUUUUAUGCAAAAUGAAUAAAAACUGUUAGAAUUUUUGCUGUGGAUCUUUAUUUCUACAACUUUAAAUGUGAUGUGUAUGUUAAUUGUACUGUUAAGAAUGCAAUGACUUUGAAUGUGAUAUUUAUGUUGAACUGUUAAGAAUUUCAAUGAUUUAUCUCUCAAUGAUUGGUUCUGUUUGUAGAAAUUCAAAGAACAAUGAACAUGUUGGAAAAGAUUAUAACACUGUCCAUUAUAAGGACUGCAUGCAAUGCAAACACAUUGGAGAUUUUUGUUUAGUGCAUGCAAAAAACAUAUAUAUUUAUUCAAAGUUCAAUAAAAAGUGCUUUUAUUAUUGAUGCAAUAUAAAAUACAAAUCUUGCUUGUA